AUGUCAGCUACACCGGGUCUUGACCCGACCCAACAACUGCCGGUAAUCCAAGACCAGUCAUACAACCCACAUUCGGGUCACGGGUCAGUGGGGCCCGUGAUCGGAGUACUUGCAGUGAUAAUGGUAUUGGGUGCAGUGGCUGUAAUGAUAGGUAGACUCUGUUCGGGUCGUCGGGUCAUGGGUCAUUUACAAUAUGAUUUUGAAGGUUGGGUGGAGACCAAAUGUGCUACGUGUAUUGACGGUAGGAUGGGCCCAUCUCCGCGGCGGCAGACGGUGCCGCCGGUGGUGGUAGUGGAGAGUAGUGUGCCGUCGAAUGAAGCUGCGGCUACUCCGGUUGCCGCAGAGUCGCCGGAAGUGAGGGAGAAUGAAACGCCACCACAUGUGGAAGAAGUGUUAAGUCAUCAACAACCGGAACAAGAACAUAGUAAACAUGAGGGUUGA